ACCUUGCUUCAACCGUCCGCACAAAUGUCAUUGUCCAACCCAAGUAACAAAUUGACACGACCAAUCACCUUUUACUUCUUGAGAAAAUUUAAUUUCCCAUAUUUGUUUUUUUCCAUUAAACCUUAGCUACCAACGGGAAUACAUAAAACAAAACCAUAAAUUCAUAUCACCCACUUCUUAAAUCUUCAGUUACAGUAUUAUUUUCCAUGUCAACCCAAUGAGGCAAAUGUUGGAAUCUAUUUUGAGGGGAAAAAAUCACAUUUACAUUCCCCACAUUUUGAAAUUCAAGGCGUGUAAAAAUAACGGUCUUAGAUAAUACAAGACGUGUAAAAUUAACGGUCUUAGAUAGUUUUACCUUGGUUAUCUUCUCCUAUUUCAAUACUCGUGUGUUUAUAGAGGUGAGUGUGCGUGCGUUGUGAGUUUCUACGUUGUGCCAUGUAAUUUUAAAAAAAAAAGACGUACAUAAUUAUAGAUAGAGUAGCUUCUGCUGACUUUUUUUUAAGACAAACAUGUAACCUACUCCUGUCUAAUUCCUGCGCUUAACUAAAUUUAUCGAAUUGUAAAACAGAAGGAUUAUCUCCCCAUGGUUGAUACUGUAAAAUGUUCUAAUUAACAUCACUUUAGAAAGAUCAAAGAGAAAGAAAAAGGCACUCUUCUCUCCUCUGGGACAGCUUGACAGCCACACUAACCAGAAGGAGGCCACACCCACACACAACCUGGCUGGAAGAAUCAGCGGCAGAGCUGCACAACACAACACAAAGCCAAAGGCAGAUUACAAAACGAGUAGAAGUAAAAACAACAGCAAAAGGCCCCAAAAAAAAUUAAAAAAAAACAUUGGAAGAGAAAAAAAGACGCAGAAAAAUCCCCCACUUCACUCUAGUACUCUGCUUGCUUCUCCGCAUCCAUCAACCACUCACCCAGUUUUGCUGCUGCUGCUGCUCGUCUUCCUCCUCUUCCUCCUCGCAGGCGGCCGCGCGCGUCGAUCCGGAGGCCGCUCGCCGCCGACGCCGCCGCCGCAGCAGCAGCCGGAGUGGGAGCGGGGGCGGCGAAUCUGGAGCCGAGGGGACCUGCAUUGCCGCGGGAGGGCAGCGGGUAGCUAGAUCUCCUCCCCCCUGUGCCUCCUUCCUUGGACGGCCGCGGCAGCGGCAUGGUGGCUGCUGCGGCAGCGGCUACCGCGCCAGAUCCGGCGCACCCCGCGCGCCCGCCGCUCACGCCGGCCCUCGACAAGCCCAACUCCGCCCCCGCCGCGCGCCGCCCCGCGCGCUCCAGCAAGCCGGUCUCGUCUCGCUACCUGUCGGCGGCCGCGUCGCCGACCUCCUCCACCUCGUCGUCGUCGUCGACGUCGUCGUCGUCCGCGCCGUCGUCGAACCGCCGCUCGCUCUCCGCGCAGCGCGCGAGGUCGUCCACCCCCCCGCCGCAGCACUCGACGUCGCCCACCCCGGCCCCCGCGGCGGCGGCGGCGGCGGUGGCGGUGGCUUCGGGGGGCUUGACGGCGACCACGAUGCGGAGCCUCUCGGUGUCGUUCCAGGGGGAGUCCUUCUUCUACCAGACGUCGCGCGCGCCGCGGGCGGCGUCGCCGUCGUCCCCAGGCGGGCGGCGCGGGCCCACGCCGGAGCGGCGGAAGAGCGUGUCGUCGGUGCCCGAGGCCGAGAACACGCGGCCGCAGCACCGAUGGCCGGCGGCGAAGCCCAAGGCGUCGGACCCCCUCGCCCGCAGCCUCGACUGCAGCCUGGACCGCAAGGACUCCAUCCUGGCUGCCGUCCACCUGCUCCGCCGCUCCAUGGCGUUCGACUCCACCACAUCCCUCUCCCCUUCGGACCCGGCCGCCGCCGCCGCCGCGGCCCACGACCUCUCUGCAUCCUCCGACACCGACAGCGUUUCAUCCGGCAGCAACUCGGGGGCCGGUGAUCCCCCACGCCGCGGCAUCAGCGUGCCGGCGAGGUUCUGGCAGGAGACCAACAGCCGCCUUCGCCGGCUUCCAGAACCAGGGCUACCGCUACCAUCAUCCUCUGGCAGGAGAUCGUUCUCAGACAGUCAAAUGUCACCGAGACUGCCUGGCCGCUCUCCAUCUCCAAGCCGCGGAAGCAGGGGCAUGGCGAGCCCAGCAAGAGGGCGGAGUGGGGAGGCAUCACCCAAUGGUCACACAAUGCAGGCGCCGGCAAAUGCGCCAUCUAUCAUCAGCUUUGCUGCAGAGGUGAGGAGGGCGAAAAAGGGGGAGAACAGAAUUGAGGAGGCACACAGGCUGCGGCUGCUCGAUAAUCGACAUUUGCAGUGGCGAUGCAUCAAUGCUCGGACAGAUGCAGCUCUCCUGGUGCAGAGCUUCAAUGCUGAGAAAACUCUGCACAGUGCAUGGAAGGAAAUAUCAAAAUUACGAGACAAUGUCAGUUCUAAAAGGAGCAAACUCCAGCUUCUAAAACAAAAGCUCAAACUGUUCGCUAUUCUUAGAAGACAGAUAUACUAUCUAGACGAGUGGUCUCAUAUUGAAAAACAUCAUUCAAGUGCUUUGUCAGCAGCAAUCGAAGCACUGAAGGCUAGUACUCUCCGUCUUCCAGUUGUUGGUGGUGCGAAGGCUGAUGCCCAAGGUGUGAAGGAAGCUGUUAACUCAGCGGUGGACGUGAUGCACACAAUGGCAUCCUCAAUGUGUACUUUGUUGUCUAAGGUGGAAGGAACAAGCUCUGUGGUGUCUGAGCUUGCCAAACUUGCAACACAAGAACAAAUGUUGUUGGAUCAAUCAAGAGAUCUCUUGUCCAUGGUCGCAGCAAUACAUGUUAAACAGUGUAGCUUGCAAGCUCAUAUGCUACAACGAAAGCAAAAGCAGAGCCAGACACGGGUGUAGAUCAGUUUGUCUUGCCACAUUGGUGGUCAACUAACAUCACACGGCCUCAUCUUUUCACACUGGAGACUGUGCUACAGGUAAUAAAAGCUGUAACCAUUUGUUGGGUGUGAAGUGUGUCCUAAUCUGCUUUGAUCUCACCGAGUGUAGCUGAUUCAUGUAAUUUUUUGAGUGCAUAUCACCAUAGAAAUGGCCCCUUUUACCUGCAACAGUUGCUGCAGUGGAUGUAUACAGAGAACCUAGUGUUGACCAAGGAUGAGCUUUCUGUAGAUAUGAAAAAAGCUUGUCGUUUGCGUGCCUAGCUUUGCUGUGUUGCGUGCCUCGCGUGUUGAUGAUUGGUGUUUUGUAUUCUGGAAUGGAAACAGUUGUUAGUUUGAUACGGGUGUUUUCAUGGCAAAUUAACAUGCAAGUUGUUCAUUCUAA